UGACUCCUCCGCACGUGACUUUAUUUACAGUUGACUGAUACUCGCGAACAUGUAUGGUGCAGUUCCCUGUGACAUGAUAGACCGAAAACGAAAUAAAGUUAGCGAGCAAUGCGGUAGCUAUAACCGGUCGUUAGUUUAUGAUGUCUUUGCUCGAUAAACUGUUCCCCUCGAGGAAGAACAUUGGAAGGAACGUUCAAACUUUGGUAGCGUCGAACGUCAAGCGAGAAGAAGACGAUGAUAGAAAUACCGCGUUGUACAUCGGAACGGAUCAAGUUCGGAUCUUAUUGUUUCGAGAAUGCGAAUGGCGCGGGAGAAAGCUCCUCUUCGACUCACUGUCUGUGGAAAAAAGAUGGUGCAAAACUAAAACGACGGCAUUCGAUCUGAAGAACAAUACCGGCUCGUCGAACGUCGAUUCGGUCAGCUGCAGAAACAGUCGCACGUUCGAGCGAGAGAGGACUGCCGAGGAUGACGUGAGUUUGUUGAGCGAGAUGGUGUUUGGCACCGUGGCGAUGACUUACAAAGGAUCCUCGUUCAAGAUCCAUUCGUUGAAUUCGCCACCGUGCAUCAUGUGUACAAAAGUGUUUCCCGCUACCGAGCACAACGUGUGCAAGCGGAGCGAAAGAGUCUCGGACGAAGGGUUGGGGCAUUCCGUGAACGUGGAUUUUAAUUCCAGCAUGCGAACGCUUUUGUCCCAACCGAGCUCCGGGAAUUUGUCAGGCUCGGAAUUAAAUACGAAUGUUAGAAAGAAUUCCACUUGCUCGAGUUCCGGCAGUGGAUGGGACAUAGACAUCCCGCCGCCGACGGGGAGUUCGCAAUCGCUGGAGAGCAGCGGAUCCUCCGGUAUCGGUAGUCUCUCGAGUCUGCGUCGAAGAUGGUUACGAGCAGCAUCCACCUCUCUGGCGCGGUCGGAUACCGACGAUACCUUCGGGAUGCAAUACUGGAACGAGAACGGAGACGAUAAUAAAGAUAGUCGUGCUAAACGUCAUAAAACGAGGCUCGGAUUAACAAUGCUAGUGCGAUUGUCCGAAGGCCACGAGAGAACGAUAGAAGCUCGCCUGUUGGAGCACAUAGCUCUGUUGGAAGGUAUGCUGGAUCGUUUGCGGUAUUUUUGUAUCGAGGCCAGCGAUACGAACGAUCAGAAAAAGGGAAUUCAACUUCCUGAACAGCUUUAUAGAUCCUCGUCACGCUUAAUCGUUCUACUAUUGCGUCUACUUACCAAUAUUAACGCGGACAUAAACUCGCGCACGCCUUUAAUAUGGCACGACGUGCUACUUAAUUCAGUGAGAAUAGAACAUAAGAUGAGUACUCUUCAUCACAGUCUGGAGCAAAUGUGUCGGUUACUGGACAACAUCGACACGAAAUCGACCAAUUUUUUUUUGAGUACUGUUGUAACUGCUGUUUUAACAUAUCAUCUCGGUUGGAUAUACACUACACUGCCAAUUCAUGAUCGACAAUUGAUGGAGAAAUUGGGCACCUGGUAUCCCUGCAAUCCGCUGUGGGCUCAGUUAGGCGACUUGUACGGCGCAUUGAGCAAUCCCACGAGGCUUGCACAUACGGUCGUCGCGGGCGAUCCACAAAAGAUUGAACUGAUCAACUCGGUUUUAUCCUUCUUAUCGUACUUUAUUCGUAGCGGAAUAGUACGAAAACGACAAGAAUAUUGUUUAGUCACCGAGGACGAUAUCCAAGAGGCUGCGAAUACUUUGGAGCAAGCGAGGAUAAAGCGACCGCAUUUGUUCAGUCCUAAGUUGACGUGCAACGACCGAGACAGCUCGUCGUCUCGACGGAUGUUAGACACGUCCGCUCGGAAAAAGAUUGCCGCGGAACGUUCGUACGAUGCGGAGUGCGAUAACGCGAUCAUGCAACGCUCUUACCCUCAAUACAACGUCGAGAGGCUGAGAGUCGAAGGAUCUGCCGGAUCUCUGAAACGUAGCACUACGUUGGAAUCGAAUCUUGACUCCUUUGUAUUGAAAUCGGAAUCUGAGAGAAACCCGAAGUUUAUCUCGAAGGAAUUCCCAUGCGACGACGAUGACGAAAAGGGCAUUGAGAAGAUGAACUGCGCCUCGAGCAAAGUGAAGAUAGUAGUGAGCGAAAUCGGUACGCAAGACGUCGACGCGGCUAAGACUGACGUGCAACAGUGUUCCGAGUUCGUGUUGCGAAAUUUCGAGAAGAAAAUAAAAGUUGACGAUCUGGACGAGGUAUUCAGGAACUCUAAGUUAGACGCUUUCCAAGAAUUCGACGAUUCGUGCGUCGAUACGUUGAAGUUAUAUUCUUCUAGGCCAGAUUUUGCAAGUGGUCAGAGUACAGUUAAUGAGAUGAAGAAUCAGCAUGUUUUCUUCACGCUCGGCGACGAAGAGAAGUCGAUGAAGACAUCGUCGAGGCCGAGACUCGGGUACAAUUGUCAAUGCUCGUACAUGUUCGCGACGGUACCGAGCACGUCCGCGCAAUUACCGGAGGGUGUAUUGAGGAAAAUUAUUCAAAGGAACUUCCCCGAAUCGUCGAAGAGUAUUCAAUCACCGCCUGGAGCGCGUUCGAGGUCUUUCGGGUUUUGCCAAAGGUGUAACGGCCAGGCUUACAUGCCUUCGACUUGCAAACAGGUUCUGGAAACUCCGACGAACGCGACAGAAGUGUUACGUACUUGCGGUAGUACCGAGGUCGACGGAAAUGUCGGAUUGUCUAGAUCUAACAGUUUAGAAGCUUUGAUGGAAGCCAACAGUGUAGUCGAAUUACCCAUGCCACGAACGAAACAAAUGAAGACUGAGUUAAACCAAGAUACAGGAUUCGCGAAGACGUUGUUACAAAACAGAGUAAAAGCCGCAGAAUCACGGGGGUUAAAUAAUAGUGAACCGUCCUACACAUGGGGCUUAGUUUUACAAGGCUUGCCAAAAAAGAAGAAGAGGAGAAAAAAGAAAGUUAUUCAGCAGGAGGCAAAUGGGAAUGAUCGUGAAAUGAACGAAGAAUGGUGGUACUGCAUACGCGAGGAGUGUUCCGCCGGUGCACGUUUCCCUACGAUCGAUCAACCAGUCGCCGAAUCGCUAUGUAUUUUAGCGGACAUAGAUACUUGGCGCGUUGGGAUUGUAUCCAACAAUAUGCCUUCGCACACAGCACCGCUGCCAGUCGGGAUGUCGAGGCUCGUUUCAAAUAUGCUCGAGGGUUUUUCUUAUUUAUGGCGAAAGUAUCAUUCAGCCUCGCAGUGUAUAGGCAUACUGGAAGCAAAGCUGCGAGAGAUGUGGUUGAAAAGCGAAGCGUUGGCUGAAAUAUUGUUAACAACAGAUGUGUUCGAUGCGAACGUCGCAAAUCUAACGAAUGCCCUCGACCUGGAUGCAGCGGACAUACCCCUUUUGCUCGCGGUUGCAACUUCUCACACGCCAGAGAUAGCCCAGAGGUUUGGUCUCACGUUUACUUGACUGUAUCUCAUUAUUUUUAUCGCAAUUUCUACUCCUUAAUAAAUAGUCCCUCCUUUGUCCGAUACGACGAAGCGCGAAAGACGUUUGAUUCUCUGUUUACAAUUAUGGUUGUAGAUUAUUCUUGCUCUAUCUGGUGAUACAUGCCAAUCAGCAUUCUUCCGUUCUUUCAAUUAAAUGUUUGUAUAAAAUGUUGGACAUACGAUUUGUAGUACAUUUUAAUUUUAAUUUAGGAAUUUGC